GAAGGCGUGGGCUUAGUCCUUAAUGACGAGAGAAAUAAAAGUUGGACGAAAUUAAUUCGAUUAAAAGAAGGACUUUCUUGGACGGAUACACGGGAAGAAGCGUCUUCGAGGCCGAAGCGAACCAGGACGAGUCACAGAACAACUAAAGGAUCCAUCCUGAGGAGCACUGAGGAUUUUCGUUGAAAAUAAAGACAAAAACAAAGCCACAAAUUCUGUAAAUCUAUCAAUCAGUAAAAUCUCAGGCUCCCCAGGCUCUCGGUUCUCUCGGUGCGUGUCACGUUUUCCAGGCGUCUCCCUGCGCAUGCAAAUGGCGUGUUGUCUGAAGGACGAGCUCCUGUGUUCCAUCUGCCUGAGCAUUUACCAAGACCCGGUGAGUUUCGGCUGCGAGCACUACUUUUGCCGUAAGUGCAUCACGGAGCACUGGAGCAGGCAGGAGCACCACGGCACGCGCGACUGCCCCGAGUGCAGGAGGACCUUCACCGACCCGCUGCUCUCGCCCAGCCUCAAGCUCUCCAACAUCGUGGAGAGGUACUCGGCCUUCCCACUCGACGCCAUCCUCAACGCCCAGAGGAACACAUACCCGUGCAAGGACCACGAGAAGGUCAAGCUGUUCUGCCUCAGCGACAAGAGCCUGGUGUGCUUCUUCUGCGACGAGCCCGCUUUACACGAGCAGCACCAGGUCACCACCAUCGACGAGGCGUAUGAGGAAAUACAGAGGGAGAUGAAAGAACAGCUGAUGGCUCUUCAGGACAGCGAGAGAGGACACACAGAGGCUUUACAGCUGCUGCAGAGGCAGCUGACCGAGACCAAGUCCUCGGCAAAAAGCCUGCGAGCCACGAUCGGCGAGGCGUUCGAGCGUUUGCACCGUUUCCUUCGUGAGAGGCAGAAGAGCAUGCUGGAGGAACUGGAGGCCGACACGGCUCGCACCUUGACCGACAUUGAGCACAAGAUCCAGCGCUACAGCCAGCAGCUCCGCGACGUCAAGGAGGGCAUCCAGAUCCUGCAGGAGAAGCUGAGCGAAACCGGACGCCACGAGUUUCUAGAAGGGGUGGCGCUCACGUCCGAAAGAGAGCAAGUGAUUCGUGGAAGGUAUUGCUGGUGGAAGAUACCAAGAAUAAAAGGCAAAAUACACGAAACCAACCUUACCUACGAAGAUUUUCCGACAUCUAAAUACAUGGGUCCGUUACAGUACACAAUCUGGAAGUCUCUGUUCCAGGAUAUCUGUCCAGUGCCCGCCGCUUUGACCCUUGACCCGUUGACGGCCCACCAGAGGCUGAUCCUGUCUGACGACUGCACCAUAGUGGCGUACGGGAACCUGCACCCGCAGCCUCUGCAGGACUCACCGCGCCGCUUCGAUGUGGAGGUGUCCGUGCUGGGCGCCGAGGGCUUCUGCUCAGGGGUGCACUACUGGGAGGUGAUGGUUUCGGAGAAGACCCAGUGGAUGAUCGGCGUGGCCAACGAGACGGUCAGCCGCAAGGGCAGCAUCCAGAUCAGCCCGAGCCGCGGCUUCUACUGCAUCGUCAUGCACGACGGCAACCAGUACAGCGCCUGCACCGAGCCCUGGACCCGCCUCAACGUCAAAAGCAAGCUGGAGAAAGUGGGCGUGUACCUAGACUACCCCAAAGGCCUGCUGGUCUUCUAUAAUGCAGACGACAUGUCCUGGCUCUACACGUACCGAGAGAAGUUCCUCGUCAAGCUGUUCCCGUACUUCAGCCCCGGACAGAGCCAUGCCAACGGAAAGAACGUGCAGCCUUUACGGAUCAACACCGUGCGACUAUAGGCUGUCCAAGCCAACCUUCAGUCUUCGAAAGACCAAUAGUGUUUUUUUUUUUUCUUCUUCUUUUCCUUUCGUCUUUUUUCGGGUGCUCCGGGUGCGUUUUUAAGUUCUGGCUCAAAAACACCAGACGUGCUUUACAGCACCGUGACCUCUCAAAUAUUUUUCUCAAUUCUAGCUUUCGACAGCGCGGUGCGUCGGAAACGACGAUGGAAUAUUCUGGCACAUUUCUGAUGCGACGUGUCCUCUGUGGGCUUUUUCUACAUUCAUUCAGUGUUUCUGGUCAUUUGUAAUCGUGCCGUGGCCCUCUCGCUCUCCCAGCUGCCUCUCUCUCUCUCUCUCUCUCACACACACACACACACACACACACACACACACACACACACACACACACACACACACACAAACUGCUCAGAGUCAUAUCCUGUCAGCCUCUAGAGGCCAAGUGCUCACUCUCGGCCCUCUUCUUCUCUGAGAGAGAGAGAUUCUGUUGUAUUGCAGCUCAAGAUGUGAAGACAUGUCGCUUUUUAUUCAUUGUGCAAUCAGCUUUUGCGUGUUCUGUGGAAUGUCCUGUCCUGUCCUGUAUACCACUAUUCUUUUCUUUUUUAUAAUUUUUUAUCUUGUGCAUUUCUUGGUGAUUUAAUGAGAUUUUGUGUGUGUGUUUUAUUGUAAAGACUCUUCUUCUCUUCCGUUCCCCGCCCUGAUGUGAACAGCAUGUCUUCUGCUGCUCAGGUGACCUUUAUCCAGCAGUAAUUGCAGUGUGCUCGAGUGUGCGGGUGCGUGGGUGUUUGAGGUGACUCUGUUUCAUGACCACGACGCCGCAGGACGAACAAACUCGUGUCACCUGUCCGUUACGUAAGGAAUAAAACACAACAGCGUUACCACCCAGAAGAGGAACAUUUCGGUAUAACAGCACAGCCUGUGGUGUUUUAUUCCUCUUAUACCACAGCCAGCAUUUACAGUUCAAUUUAUCCGUUCAUAGUUACGUCGAAUGUUGUGGAACGUCUGUGAAACAGGUUCUCACCUACGUUAAAGCAGCAUCCCCCCCCCCCCCCCCGUUCUCUUUGAGUCGAUUAAAAACAAGAAACCACAAAAAGAGUAACUUCCUCUGUUUUCCGCUGCAUGCAACUGGAGACUGUGUCAGUAAAAUGUUAAAUAACUGUGUAAUUACAGAAAACUACCAUAUCGACGCUUACCUUUAAUCAGUCUUAGGUUUUGUUCAGAUCUUCCUCCGUACAAGUCCCUGUGAAAUGAGCUGUUACUAUGGAAACGAUAACGGUUAACAUAAACCCGCACUCUUAUUUAGAGAGCAUUCUGACCAAUCAGAAUCGAGAAUUCACCACGGCUGCGGUAUAAAACACGAUGUCGUCUCGUCUCGUUCACAUCUUUCAACGUGUAUUCUAUUCGCUUUCGUUUCUUAUAUUCCUUUAUUCCAAGUCACGCUGUGGUUCCUCUGGACGUCUCACUGGGACGGUCAGUGUGUUAAAACAAGCAAGGGCUGUUACUGCAUCGUGCCAUCUGUCAACUCGAGCACGUUUAACGAGGCAGAAAUGGUGCGAGGCAGUUGCUUCAUUUUGCAAAUUCACACUCAAUCCAUUCCAUGUUUUUUUUUUU